UAUAACUCGUUUGCUACCACAAGUAGCAGUGCUUCCCGGGGGUAGCGAGAUACGGCGAUGAUUCCGUUUGAUGUGUACGCUCGACCCCCAACAGCCCUCGCCAGUUGCUGUAACGCCACGGCGUGAGAAGGAGUUGUAACGAAUUGACAAUUGAACGAUGGUCUGGAAGCGCCCAGAAAGUGUCCCCUAUCCGUGCGUAUGGCAUACGUUUCAGGCCAAGGACACGGAUAGUGACCGGCUAGUAACGUACCGAGUGCAGGAUCUACCCGAGGAUCGCUUUGAGGAAGCGAUUGCCCACAUGAUCGAGUAUUUCGUGUACGAUGAACCGACCUGUCGGGCCAAAAAUAUCGUCGGGGAGAAGCAGAGUGUUGAUGAGAUUGCCGCUCUGUGGCGUGAGUUUGUCAAGUUCCGGCUGGUGCUAGUGUGCUUCAAAGAGGGUAGCGAUGAAAUCGCCGGAAUGAACAUGCUCUUCGUUAGCAGCGCUAAUGAUCCGGAUACUUACGAACCCCGUGGUGCGAUCUGGCGCUGCAUCUACCAGUUGGUUGAGUAUACAUCGAAGCAGGCACGUGUCUUCGAACGAUACCAAGUAACGGACUAUCUUGCCGCGAUGGGGCUCUCGGUGGCACCGAAGUACCGUGGCCGCGGCAUCGCAACCGAGAUCCUGCGUGCCCGAAUACCCCUCUGCAAAGGUGUGGGGCUACCAUUGACAUCAACCUGCUUUACGGCCAUCGCCUCGCAGGCUGCCGCAGCGAAAGCUGGCUUCGAGGAAACGUAUGUCGUAUCGUACGAUGAGCUGACGCAGAUAGACGAGCGAUUUGUGUUCCCUAAUAUCACCACCAAGUACGUCAAGGUGAUGUCUAAACGUAUCGAAUAGAUGGAUCGAGAAAAUGUGACGUUUAACGUGUAUUUAACUACAAACUAGCAUAACCAAACAUGUGUUUUCAGUAAUUUGCAAUCGUUUAAUAAAUGCCUAUAAAUUCGGUGAA